AUGUCACAUCGAAAUCAAACUUUGUAUGUGUCGGUAAGAUUUUGUUUUACUCGUAUUUACUGCAAAUUAAAUAUCAAAAUGAAGCUGUUACUCUUCGUUCAGUAUUUUGUCUUGCUGACCGUACCCUCGAUAGCCCAGAACAGCCGUAGGAUCGGCAAAUUUGAGGAGGUGUUCGCCUGGAGACAGAUCACGUAUGACAUCGAAGGAGUACCUGUGCUAGAAGAUCGGUUCGCAGAAGAAAAUUUAGCAGGAGACAGAAGAAAAAGAGCUUCUGAUAACCUCUACUUCAACGAUGAACCUGGUAAUGAGAGGAACUGGGGUCCUGUUUCAGGACCGAUAUGGAACGCAAAUCCAAUUGAACCUGUAAAUUCCCCGGCGGCCAUUAAUCCCAGUGAGGAAAGAGGAAGAUUCUUCGUCCAGUACAACAACUUACCAAUGGGUGCGGAGAGAUUCGGAAAUCGUCUAUUCAUAACAAUACCUCGAAGAAGAUACGGUAUACCAGCAACAAUAAACUACAUCAGUCUGUCACAGCGAUCGCUCUCUCCAGCUCUCUCUCCCUAUCCGAACAUGAGAGCCUCUCGCUCUGUCGUUUCGGUGUACAGGACGAGAGCAGAUGAGUGCGACAGACUCUGGGCAGUUGAUACGGGAGCUAUUGAAAUACCAAAUAACGUCUUGUACCUCCAACGGCCAUCGAUUUUGGUGUACGAUUUGAACACAGAUAGGCAGAUCUUGAAAUACGAGCUGAAGAAUGAAGACCUUCCCGCUAAUAACACAGCCACUGGUCUGGCGUCUAUAACUGUCGAAAUCAGAAACAACGAUUGUUUCGACGCGUACGCAUACAUAGCAGAUGUGGUCACGUACGGCCUGAUUGUAUACUCUCUGAAACAGAAUACCAGCUGGAGACACUCCCACAACUAUUUCAGCUUCUUGCCCACAGCUGGAGACCUAAGAGUAGCCGGCCAGUCUUUCCAGUGGAACGAUGGAGUUUUCAGCCUUACGUUGGGCAGACUGCAGAGUGAUGGUUGCCGCCCUGCCUACUUCCAUCCCAUGGUGAGCAGCCAAGAGUUUGUUGUGUCAACGUGCGAACUGCAACGUACUGAGGCCAAUCACACUGCUUUUCGUUUCUUAGGUGAUCGCGGUGCGAAUACCCAGUCUACGAUGCACGGGGUCCACACUCCGACCAAUGUGAUGUUCUUCGCAGAAAUAGGAAGAGACGCAGUUUCCUGUUGGAACGUGGACAAACCCCUCCGGAGCGACAAUAUCGCUGUGCUGGCCAGGGAUGAGGAGAGAAUGAGUUACCCCUCAGAUCUUCACAUAACAGGUGAUGAAGUGUGGGUGAUGGUGAACCGGCUGCCUCGGUUUAUUUACUCCAGGCUCGACACCAGCGACUACAAUUUCUUCGUUUAUAGGGCUAAGGUACAAGAUUUGAUAGAGGGAACUGUUUGUGCACCAGAUUAUAGAAAAGCACAAUUUAUAGAAAGACCUUUGCAGUUUUCAAGAUACCAGCGGAAUGGAAAAUAA